AUGUAUUCCUGGAACGGCUCACAGCCGCCACAACAAGCGCAAGAUGCAGCCAACGAACCACCACAAACCGACCUGCUCUCGCUCCUAUCCCAACUAUCCCAACCAGCAGCACCCGCGCAACCCCAGUACCAACAACAGCAUCCCACGUCAGCAUUCAACAAUGCCUUAUCAACGCCAAUGUCCUCCCUCCUUAUCGAGCAAGUCAAACUGGAGUAUCAGCGGAACGCAGCAGCAGCAGCACAACAACCACCACAGCAACAGGCGUAUCAGCCAUUUCAACAACAACCAGCCAGUUCAGGAUAUACCCAGUAUCCUCAACAACAACCACAGUCAUAUUCGAUGUUUAGCGGACAACAGCAACAAUAUCAACAACCACCGUCGGCGUCCGCGGGUGGUAUCAUAUCCAUGCUUCAGCAGAUGUUGCAGCAGUCACAGUCACAGCAGCCGCAGUCGCAGGUGGGGUAUAACCCGCCGCCAAAUGGGAUCGGAACGCCGCCUCAGUCGUCGUUGCUGAGUAUGUGGAUGCAGAGUGAGAAGGGGGCGGAUGCGGGUGGGUCGGCGGUAGCUGCACUGCAACCGGCGACGACGACGGCAAUGUAUGCAUCGUCAGGAGGGUUCAGCGGGUCAUCGGAACCCAAAUCGUCAACUCCCACUUCAACCGACACAAUCCGCGCAGACACAGACAUGGGCCACGUCGAUUUCGGACCCGACGAGGGCCACGACACCACCGCCCAGCCAUCGUCCUCCCCACCCAAACCGCGCCCACGCCUAGAAGGCCGCAUGUCCGAAACAGGCAAACCCUCUCCCGCUGUCCUACACGCGUUGGCCGAGCUGAGCGAGGACGGCAAGAUCUUCCAACUGAUCAAAGAACUCCAGAAAUCACAGACGGAAAAAGAAACGCAACUCCUAAGCAAACGGCUAGCCCUCACCAAAAAAGCCGACAACGACCUCCUCGCCAUGGACAUCCUCGGCAACAUCCCCGCCCACGAAAAGCGGCAGCGCGCGCAACGUUUGGAGGAGGAACUGGUCGUGUUUGAUCGGAUGAUUAUUAGGGAGAUGGAUGUUUUGAGGAGGGGGCAGCAGGGAGUUUUGGAGGAGGCGGGUGUACCGAUGUAUUAUGUGACGGAGGACCCGGUGCAGAUUGGGCAGCAGCAAAAGUUGUUGGAAUUGUUGUUGAAUAUGGCGCCGGAAUGA